AUGGAUAGCAAUGCAAGCUCCAUGCUGGUGAUGCUCGACCCCAGCGCUGCCUUCGACACAGUGGACCACAGCAUUCUUCUUCCUCAUCUCGAACACGAUGUUGUCACCAAAGGUGUUCUCAUCCACCUGCGGGAGUCAGUCACCUGGAUGUUCAGAGUGAAACGCAACUUGACUAAACUCUGCUCUGUGGUUUCACUCGCUCUAAAAGCUGCAUCCAGCAUUGACGUGCCGCUGAGGGGCUCGGCCGUUCAGUCUUCCACCUACUCGAGCGGGAGCGCUGGACGGGCCAUCGAUCAGAGCUGCGUCCCUCUUUGGGGCCACAGCUGCACUCAAACCUAUCAGACGGACAAUCCGUGGUGGAGGCUCCAGCUGGACGGUGUGCACAGGGUGUCGGUGAUCGAGAUCACUAAUCGGAACGAUGUUCGGGAGUGGCUCGACGGCGUGGAAAUACACAUUGGCAAUUCACUGGUGAACAACGGCAACGACAACCCGAGGUGUGCCAUCAUCCACGAUGUCCCCGACGGCUUGACUCAGACUGUCCAUUGCUGGGGAAUGGAAGGAAUGUAUGUCAACUUCUACAAGCCCUUGAACUCCACACACUUGGCGUUGUGUGAGGUCAAAGUGUACGGAGAGUUGGCCCCCCCUCCACCCUCCAUCAGCACUCCGGGGCUGGGGAUGAACAUCACCCUGGUGGGGAAGCGGCUGUGCUGGUCAGACGCCCUGUUCUACUGCAGAGACUAUCACUGGGACCUGAUGAUUCUCAGGGGCCCGGCGGAGCAGAAGAUAGUUGACCAUCUGGUGGCUCGCGCCCACUUCCCACUAACCAGCCAUCUCUGGGUGGGCCUGCGCAGGUCUAUUCAAGGGAGCUCUUGGUUUUGGAUGUCCGGUGACCCAAUGGACUUCACCCAGUGGGACGAGGCCUCACAGGACCCCAGCCCCUGUGGGGGCAUUUCCAGCUCGGAACGUUCCACAUGGAGGCAACGCUUUUGUGGGGAACAUCUUAACUUCAUCUGUUUCACAGGUCCGACCGAAGGAGGGAAGAAGGUGCGCUUCUAUAGUACGACAAGGGGGAAACCAACUUGUAAAAACUAGGUUGGUCUCAUUGGAGAAUGCAGCUACUGAUUCUCAUGUAAUCCUAAAAAGGGAAGAUUCUGAAUGCUUUAGCACAGAGCUUGUCUGUGGUAGCCAGCCAGAUCUGCAUUUUGUUAACAAACUAACAGAAGAUAUAUAUCCAUGGAAUUAGUGCUGUAAUAGCUUGAACGUGUAAACGCGUAGAAGUAAAACAUUUACUUUAGAAUCCAAUCAAUGAACAUCAUUAUGAGCAGAUGUAGGUGACGUUGCAUUAUUUCUUUGAUUUGAAAUGUGGAGAUUGUGAGAAGAGGCUAUCAAAACACUAAAUAAAAUAUUUGUCAGGUUUUAUUUCUGUGUCUUGAAAAUACUUGA